AUGGGGCCACCCCGGCCAGGGCUCUGGCUGAAGAGACUCUGGGUAUUCUUGCAGGUGGCCCUGCAUGUGGCUGUGGGCAAAGUGCGAAUGACACUCUUCCCUGAGAAGGUCAAGCAGAACAUCUUGGCCCUAUACCCCAACUUUAACUAUGACGUGUGGGGGCCAACCUUCUUCAGUAUUCCAUACUUCUGGUUCAUCCUCAAAGUCUAUUGGCAGAGAUUAGAAGACGAUGCCAAGCAAGGGGGUCUGGCCCCAAACUGCCCGGUGAUUCGCCUCUCUGGCCAAGAGUGCAACAUUUGGGACUUCAUGAAAGGUGUCAGACCACUGGUGCUGAAUUUUGGAAGCUGCACUUGACCUUCAUUUCUUUUAAAAUUUGACCGUUUCAAGAGACUUAUAGAAGACUUUAGUUCAGUAGCAGAUUUUCUCAUCAUUUAUAUUGAAGAAGCACAUCCAGCAGAUGGUUGGGCUUUUAAGAACAACGUGGUCAUCAGGAAUCACCGGAACCUCCAGGACCGGCUUCGGGCAGCUCGCCUGCUUCUGGAGAGAAGCCCCCAGUGCCCUGUGGUGGUGGACACCAUGCAGAACGUGAGCAGCCAGCGCUACGCAGCUCUGCCAGAGAGGCUCUAUGUGCUCCAGGAGGGCAGGAUUCUCUACAAGGGUAAACCUGGCCCUGGGAACUACCAUCCAGAGGAAGUGCGUGCUGUUCUGGAAAAGCUCAGCAGUUAA